AUGGAUACAGCCAAGUUGAGCGACUACGGCGAGGCCAAGACGCACUUGGAGCAGCUGCAGCAGACGCUCACCCACCUGGAGCACCCGCACCACCCGCACCACGCGCACCACCACCUGGGGCUCUACCAUGGCGCCCUGCCCAGCACCGCGACCAUCACCACCGACUCGGUGGUUUCCUGCGUGAGCUCCACGCUCCCGGCGGUGGCCAAGGCCAUCUCCUCCUCCUCCUCCUCCUCGAGCUGCGGCGGCCUGGAUGCGGAGCGCAAGAAGUGCCUCGCCGGCGACCUGGACGCGGCUGGCCACGGCCUCAUGGAGGCCAUCUGCAUCGCCGGGCAGAAGACCUCGCCGGUUCCGCCGGCUCCUCCGCCCUGCUGCCUCUCCUUGGGCGGGAGCCCCUCCUCACCGAACCCCAUCGCCACCGCCGCCCUGAUGAACGCCUCCUCCGGAUCCGCCGGCUCCGCUGGAGCAAGUGCCUCGCUAUGCAAUGAUCUCACGCGGGAGUCCUCCUGGUAUGCGCACCACCAUCACCACCACCACCACCAUCACCACCAGCAGUUGGCGGAUGAGCUGGUCAUGUAUGCCACGCCCACUCCCGCGCCGGCCAUCGGGAAGUUCGGACUGGACACCUCCACCGAGGGUUACCUGAACGCAAGGUACAAUGUGAAUGUCAAAGGCGUGCGGCAUGAAAGAACAUCGAGUUUCUUUGACAUACCCGCUGUGACGCACCCACACUCGCAUCCGCAUCCGCACUCGCACCCGCAUCCGCAUCCGCACCCGUACUGCUACAGAUUUCCAUCAUCGCCACCCGCGGGCAUUCUAAAAAAGAGCGACGAAGCUGCUGCCGCCGCCGCUGCUGCAGCCGCAGCAGUCUACUGCAGCGACGUGUCCUCCGGCCAGCACUUCCAGCACCACACGAAGAUCGAGCACGCGGACUCCACCACGACGGCGGCCCAGCAGCAGCAGCAGCAACAACAGCAGCAGCAGCAGCAACAGCAGCAGCAGCAGCAGCAACACCAGCAGCAGCAACACCAGCAGCAGCAGCAACAGCUGCAGCACGCUGCUGCACUGCACCCGCACCACCACCACCACCACCACGGACACCACCACCAGCAGACGGAGCAGCAGGCGCUCACCCACCUGACACCGCUCCACACCUCGGCCUUCAAGUUCAGCCACACGGCGGUCAUAUCUAGUUCGGCGGUAUAUGCCACGCCCUCCCACUACGCCCACCAGCAGCAGUCGCAGUCGCAGUCCGUCUACCGGGAUCUCUCGCCCACCUCCUUGGCGGCGGUCAGCGAUGCGGACCUGAAGUAUGACAGCGGUCCCUACAACGCCACCAUCUCCUCCACGUAUCCUUCUGCGUUGCGGCCCAACGUGGUGGACUCCACCACCUCCAGCGAUGCGGAGCUGCGGCUGGACCAGUUCUACGCCAGCAACGGCAUCUCCACCAGCAGCAGCGGCCAGGCGAUCAGCCAGCGGAGGGGCUCCCUGCAGCUCUGGCAGUUCCUGGUGGCCCUCCUGGACGAACCCACCACCAGUGCCAGCUGCAUCGCCUGGACAGGAAGGGGCAUGGAGUUUAAGCUGAUCGAGCCGGAGGAGGUGGCCCGUCGCUGGGGCCUGCAGAAGAACCGGCCGGCAAUGAACUACGACAAGUUGUCCCGCAGCCUGCGCUACUACUACGAGAAGGGCAUCAUGCAGAAGGUGAACGGCGAGCGGUACGUCUAUCGGUUCGUCUGCGAUCCGGACGCCCUCUUCAACAUGGCCUACGGUCACCUGACCACCGGAUCGGGAGCCGGAUCAGGGAAGGGGGAGCAGCACCAGUUGACCCUGUCGCUGGCCAAGACGCCUCCAACUUCCGGCGAGUCGCAGACGCAAUCCCCUCGCGUGGCCAAGUCGGAGUACUACGAUGCCGCCGGGUUGCAUAAAUAUUAGCUAUGUGUGUCCAAGUCUGUGUGUAUCCAUAUGUGGGCGGAGCGUGGGAAUGCGGCCGAGUGGGCGUGGCCGGGUCCCGUGUACAUUGUGUAAUCUAGUUGCGUGUGUAUGUGCGUGGGGUCACGAAUUUGAAAUGAAGGUUUCGU